AUGCUCGAUUUCAUGGAUUACAUCCAACUCGCCUUCGCCGAGGCGACGGAUUGGAAUCGCGACAAUUCGUACUCGUCGCUCACGGCCACCGCGCAGUCGCUCCUUGACUUCAAGACACCCGAACGUCUGCGCGUCCACCUCUCCUCCCUAUCCACCCCACACUUUGCAACGAGUUACACCCUCGGCACCGUUGGCUUGAUCGAUGGCUCCGUAUCGUAUCUCUACAGCACGGUGCCAUUCGACAACACCCCCAGCCGAAGUGCACUGAUCCCACUCCGCAAACUCGCCCCGGGAUACCGCCAGGUCCAGGCCCCCGUCGCACCCGUCGAGAACUGGGGAUGGGACUCGAUCCUCGACGGCGCGCAAUCCGGCUCGAAACAGCACAGUAACCUCGAUGCGGCUUCACCAACCCCCCUCUCUCAAAAGGCUACCCUCCUCAAUGCCACCCUUCACCUCCCCCCCCCGACCACCCUCAAUGCGCUCUUCCUGCGCCGCAUCUCGCCCACCAUGCAGCUCACCCUGGCCGUCUGCUCGACGCGAGGCCCGCCGUUGUCCAAAUCCGCGCCGCAGGCCUCACUCCUGACGCAGCUGUCCCACGACACGGGCAAAUACAGCAAUGAGUACCUGUUCAGCACCGACAACGCGCUCUUCGGAUGGCGUGGGCUGUGGAACUUCGGGCCCGACCCGCGCACCUCCAAGGGCGAUGCCGCCUCGCCGCGUCUCUCGUUGCUCUCCGCCGGCGCAGAGGCCUACUACUCCCCCGUCUCCUCGCUGAUCGGCAUGUCUACCGGUUUGCGAUUCAGCACACUCCCAGCUGCCACGGACCUUCCGUCCUCCAUGACAUCUACAUCUACAUCUACAUCUCCACCUUCCACCACCUCUUCCUCUAACACCAACACCACCUCCGCAACCAGUAACACCAAUAAUAACAACAACUCCCACCCUAUCUCCACCUUCCCCUACACCCUCACCUUAACCCUAACCCCCCUCACCGGCUCCCUCUCAACGACCUACUCCCUCCGCGCAUCUCCAAACCUCGCCUUCAGCUCCCGCUUCGGCUUCAACGUCUACAGCUGGGAAAGCGAAAUGGUAGCAGGCUGCGAACUAUGGCGCCGCAGCCCAACCCGCAACAACCAGGAUGAUCCAAACUGGGACGGAUUAGAAUGGGCUCGUCGAAAGAUGCGCACCUGGGAUGAUCCGCCCCGGUCCUCUGAACCCGAACCCUCAACAUCCCCAACAAUCUCCAACUUCACCCCGCUAGGCGAAGAGAAAGAAGAAGAAGCGAACGGCUCAGUGCUAAAGAUCCGGGUUGAUCAGUCGUGGAAUGUACGACUUUUAUGGGAGGGUCGGGUGAAAGAGUUAUUAGUGAGUGCGGGGGUUGGGUUAGGGCCGAGUUCGUUUUCGUCGUCGUCGUCUUCAUGGGCGAGUUCGAAUGCGUCGUCGGGACAGAGUGCUGGGGGAGGAGGACCCGGGAAGUCGUAUUGGAGGGGGGUGGGGGUUUCGGUGUUGUAUUCUUCUUAG